CAACUAUUGCUUACCCUGAAACGUCCUCCAAAUCAAAAUCCAUUUCUUCAUUUACGAAUGCUACGAACUACACCCUCCAUUCGUAAAGAACUUAAGAUGAUGAAUCUUUUGGCCUUGUCUCUUCUUCUCACUUCGCUAUUUGCUGCAGCAGUAUGCUCUCCAAGCUCGUCAGACAACCAAGAGAAUCACAAGUACGAGGAUGUCGUUGUUAAAGAAGGUCACAGAUUCAUUCUGGUUGAGACUUAUGACGAACAUGGCAAACACAACACUAAAAUAUCUAUCUCACCUCCUCAGGAUCCAAUUUCCACCGCCGAAGAUGGGAAGUUUCCGUCUGGGUUCAUAGAGAAUGCCAAACAAAAGGUGAAACGAGCCGCAAGUAGCAUUUCUAGUUCUGCAGUCUCCAAAUCCAGUGGUGGAGACCAUCUUGGAGAGCUUGCAUGCGAGGCUUUGGGGAAGUGCAGUCAUGAGAUAGUUACAGCUAUUGGUAAAGGUAAAGACAAGGUUUCUGAGAAAGUACAUGAAGUGGUUGAUGAAAAGAAAGAGGUAGCUCAUGAAGCUAAAGGGAUGGCUAAGGAAGGAAUUAUUAAGAAGAGAAGGAUAGCCCAUGAAGCUAAAGAGAAAGUGGAAGAUGCAUACGAGAUGGCGAAGGAGACUGUGUGUCGUAAAGCCCACGAAGCAAAACAAGCGGUGAAGGAGUCUGCAACACUGCACAAAGCUCAGUCCUUUCAAGGAACUGCAAAACAAGCUGCAGAAGAUGUAUAUGAGAAAGCCAAGGAGUCUGCAAUCCAUGGAGUUAAGGGUAUCAAAGAAACAGCGAAAACAGCAAAAGAUUUGAGCAAGACGAUUAGAGCAGACGCAGCAGGAAAUGUCUCUGCUGAAUGGCAUAAAAUGAUCACAGGCCAAGCUGCAGCAAGAAUAUCUAGGUUUUUUAGCCUUCUGGGUUUUUCUGAUGGACUCGAUUCUUUGAUGGGUGUGGUGAAUCUGUUGGGUUUUUCAACAGCUUAUGGAAUGUGUGUGUGGGUGACAUUCAUUUCGAGCUAUGUUUUGGGUUCUGCUUUAACAAGGCACCAGUUCAGUAUUGUGCAAAGCAAGAUAUAUCCUGUGUAUUUCAGGGCCAUGGCUUAUUGUAUUGGAGCAGCUUUGUUGGGGCAUCUAUUUGGGCAGAGGAAGAAGUUUACCAAGGCAGAAAUGUUCCAAGUUUAUAAUCUUCUCGCAGCAAUUUCAGUGGUCCUGAUCAAUGCCCUCUUCUUGGAGCCUUUAGCUACUAAGUUGAUAUUUGAGGAACUGAAGAUUGAAAAGGAAGAAGGCAGAAUAAGAGAAAGCCUAAGUGAAGAAGGAAACGGCUGCAGUCGGGGAGAGGAGCAGCCAGUUACGGCGGCAGCAGCCAACGCGUCCAACAAUCCAGAGCAACAAGAGAUCAAUUCAAGAAUGGCUACAUUGAAUGCGAGGCUGAAGAAGCUAAAUUCCCGUUCUUCCUUUCUGAACAUUCUGACACUGAUGGCUCUUGGUUGGCACUUAGUGUAUCUAGGCCAGGACCUCCACAGAACUUGCUAAUAAGAGGGUAUA